AUGUCUGACCUCAAAGCUACCGUUGACGAACGACCCGACGGCUUCCACGUCGAGGGUUAUGAGAAGAUCGAGUACGACUUCAAGUUCAUCGACAAUGUCUUCGACACUGGCAAGAGCGACCUAGCCGACUGCUAUACCAAAUGGGGUCGCUGCUUGGCUGUCAUGGAUACAAACAUCUUCAAUGUUUACGGUGAUCAGAUGCAAGAGUACUUUGACCAUUAUAACAUCGAUCUUGAGGUUCACAAGACCAUGAUCGGUGAAAAGGCCAAAAGCAUCGAUACCUUUUUGAGCAUUGUUGACUCGAUGACCAAAUUUGGCAUUUACCGAAAGGAACCUGUCCUUGUUGUCGGCGGUGGACUAGUUACUGAUGUUGCUGGAUUCGCCUGUGCUGCUUAUCGCCGCAACACCAACUACAUCCGUAUCCCGACCACUGUUAUCGGUCUUAUCGACGCUUCAGUCUCCAUCAAAGUUGCCGUCAACUAUGGCAACUACAAGAACCGACUGGGUGCUUACCAUGCACCCAUGAAGACAUUCUUGGACUUUACCUUCCUCCGAUCUCUGCCCGAAGCCCAAAUUCGAAACGGAUUUGCCGAGCUUAUCAAGAUCUCCUCUUGCGCCCACUUGCCUACCUUUGACCUGCUCGACAAAUACUGCGAGCAGCUCAUCUCCACUGGGUUCGGACGAAGUGAUGGUGCAUCUGCAGAGGUCAAGAAGGCUGCAGACACGAUCAACAAAGCAGGCAUCUACGAGAUGUUGAAGCUUGAAACUCCUAACCUCCACGAGAUUGGACUUGACCGAGUAAUUGCAUAUGGCCACACAUGGUCACCACUACACGAACUCGUUCCCGAAGUUCCUCUCCGACACGGUCACGCCAUCUCCAUCGACAUGGCUUACUCGGCAACCUUGGCCAAUAUCCGAGGUCUACUGAGCGACGAGGAGCACAAGAGAAUACACAACCUGUUCUCUAAGGCUGGCUUGUCUAUGGAUCACCACGAUUUCAACGAAGACAUCUUGGACAAAGCCACCACAGCCAUCCUCAAGACACGAGACGGUAAGCUGCGAGCUGCUGUACCAAGCCCUCUAGGCUCUUGUGUCUUCCUUAACGACGUCUCUAUGGACGAGAUGUAUGCUGCUCUCCGCAAACACAAGGAGAUCAUGAAGAACUACCCUCGCAAUGGUGAGGGUCUUGAGGCAUUUGUCGAUUCUAGCGAUACUGGUUAUACCAUGAACGGUAUCGCCGCAGAGUUCACUAAGAACAAGACGAACGGUGGCUCGAAGACCAAGGUCAUUAACGACGACGUAACCAACGGAACUCAAGUAAACGGUGCCAACGGUGUCAACGGCUCACACGCCACCAACGGCACCAACGGUACCAACGGUACCAAGACCAACGGUGUUGCAGCUGCCAACAAGCACGCUACUGCACCAGAAGGUGUUGAUGGUAUGCAGAACGGCAAUGCUAAUACCGCCGUUACAAACGGAACACACUAA